AGAAAUUUCCAAAAUUUGAAAAGCUAUUCAAUUUUUGAUACCGAAAAUGCCCUCCACACCGCCACUCAUAUUCCAAUGGUAAAUAAAAAUAUAAAAUGCUCUCGAGAAAACUGCAAACGAUUAUUGCUGUGGAGCUUCUUCCACGUUUGCCCAUCAAUGGCCGUCUUCAAGUUCGUCGAGGCCGCUUCUACCAAAACCCUAGAAAUCUCACCACCAUUAAAGCUUCUUCUUCAAUCAAAACCCUAGAAAUCUCACCACCAUUAAAGCUUCUUCUUCAAUCAAAACCCUAGAAAUCUCACCACCAUUAAAGCUUCUUCUUCAAUAAUCCCCUGUGAUCAGCUUUUCUUCAAUAAUCCCCUGUGAUCAGCUUUUCUUCAAUAAUCCCCUGUGUUCAGGUUUUCUUCAAGUUCUUUUGUUCUUUGAGUACUAAAGUUCUGUAAAUCCACACUAAUGGAGUCUCCUUUGAGCGCACCUUACAAGGUGAUCUUUUUUGAUGGAGAUGUAGACAUAGAGAUGGGCCAUAUCUCAAUCCACCAUGCCUUAACCUUCAAGCGGUUGCAAUCUCUAAUUUCGCAAAAGCUCGGCAUGUCUCCUAACCAGAUCUCCACCUCUCUGGUUUGCCGAAAGAGCAACCAAAAGCGCCUGAAAAUCCCAAUUACUGAGACCACAAGCUUCUCUCAAAUCCUAAUCCAUAAUUCGAAUCUCGAUUCCUUCUUUCUAGUGACAAUCAAGAAGCCCAAAAGGGAUCGAAGGUCGAAGCCUCAAAGGAUCGAAGAGGGCGCUCUGCCAUCCAAAAUCUCACCGGAGAAGACCCUUUUACGCCGGAACCCAGACUCUGGAAAACCAAAUCCCGGCAAUGGGUUGCAAUUCACCGGCGGGUACCCCUCGCCGGAAAGUUAUUUCGCAAACGGAAAUUACGGCAUUGACGGGAGGGGCCUAUUUUCUACUGUUAAAGAGCGCACAUCGACAGUAUGCGAGCUUUGCAGAGAGAGCAAAGAGCGGCCGGUUCCCUUCCACUUGUGCGUGUACGAUGCAGUGACCGUCGGAUUUCGAGGUCCUUCCCCUGCCGGUCCGAUCGGACGGCCAAGGAAGGGCCACGUCGAGGCGGCCGCUUAGUCGUCGGUAAAUUGGGUUUUGGAGUCCCUGAACUUGGAUUUCGCCGACCUAUCGAAUUGGAGGAGUGCUUUUUUUUUCUUUUCUUUUUUUUAAUUUCAAUUAUACAUACAGAUACGUAUACGGUUGGAUACCAUGGCUUUUUUGGUGUGUCCUUCCACAGUGCGGCCGUAUACGAUGCGUAUACGGCUGGUAGACGGAGCGUCAGAUUGGGUUUGGAAUUUUGCGUGAGGCGUCAAACAAGCGACGCAUCUUUGACGCUGGAUUUUUGUGAGAGGCCCGGAACUCUCAUUUCAUUUUCUUUUCUUUUGUUUCAAAAAAAAAAAAGAAAUGAAACGGUGGUGGAGCUUUUGGUUGA